AUGUCUGAAGAUGAUGCCAAUUAUGACGAUUUUAUGAUGUCUGAUGAGGAAGACAUGGGAGUCAUUGAGAUGGAGGACGAAACAGAGGAUGAGGCAGUAAAUGGAAUAGAAGACGAAACAGAGGAUAAAGAUGAGGGUCUACUGGAAGAAGGUGGCGAAGCCCGAUAUGAGAUAGGCAGAUCAGACAAAUGUGAGAAGCAUAAUGAACAAUUUUUGGCCUUACAGUUCGAAAUAGCGCAGUCCUGUGCCGAUGAGCAAGAUUUCAUUAGAGCAAGGGAAGUGUAUCACAAUGUACUUCAAUAUGCCCAAAAGAACGACAAUCUUGUUGAGGAGAGUUUCAAAUCGAUUACUGAAAUACUGAGAAGUCGAUCAAUGGAAGUCCACUAUAGCAAAAUUUCUGAAGAAAUGUGCGACUUUAUACUACAUGAUUUCACUGCAUUUGUAGAUUUUACAAAUGAAAAUUAUGAAAGAAUAAGAAGUGAUGUGUUUCAGGAGACUGUUUCUGUUUUAUUAGCUGAUUUAUUCCCUAAUCUGAACCGUGAAUUCUUGUUUGCCGUUGAGAGUAUUGACCAGUACUCCUUGCUACUUAAAAUGAAACUGCAAAUGAAAUGCCUUCAACUAUUUGACGAUAAUUUCAACAGACGUAGAAUAUCGUUGCAUGCUGUGAACUUUGGGAAGAUAAGCGCAACUAUAUGGCAUGACAGGCUUGAAAAAGGCAUAAUUGAUCAAAGAUCUCUUUCGGAAUUGCAAGCGUUGUGCGGCCACGAAGAUAGUACAUCCCGUAUUGAUACUAUAUGUUUGAUCCUUCAAUGCUAUAUUUGUAAUUUUAUCGAGAACAAAAGAUGCUGCCCGGAAACCUGGACCAAGUAUGUCGAUGAGUUUGAAAGUAUGACAGCAAGUUCAAUAUCGGUGUCACAAAGAUUAGGAUCGAUGAUUCAGCUGCACUUAUCAAAAGCAAUAAUAAUUCUUAAUCGUAUAAAUUCCAGAGAAAGAGGCAUCAACACACAAGAAUUUCAUCAUGAGGUUCAAACGCUCAAAUCUGAAUUCUGGGAAUGUCUUCAGCACAUUGAGGAGAUUGGCGGCUCAAAACAGAAUUUCACUACUGCCUAUGAAAAGUUUAUACUGACUGGCUUCACAUUUACGAGCAUGAUUUUGCACCUCAAAACCGAGAAUAAAAUAAAUCCAUUUGAUCUUGAACAAAUAAAAAUCGCAUAUAAUGUUCCUAUUGUGAUAGUGCUCCGAAAAAUCUAUGACAACUUCACGGCCCUGAAUCUAGUUGGACUUUACAAUUCGAUACAGCGUCUAGAGAGACUGAAAAACAAUUUUGAGGGCGUCAUAGAAACAAUUUAUCAUUUGGCUCAGUUGAUCAAGUUAUGGACCAAGAUAGCACCGGUCUAUUCAUGCUUAUCAUUUACCGAUGUUCAAAAUUUGCUUAAACUAGAUGACACCCGCUGCAUGACACGGGACGAACUGCUCACAAUUUUGAUGAAGUCCAUCAUGAAUGACAAUGCAGACUUAUUUUACAAAUUGAAUUUAACUAAGGAUUUGGUGUACUUUGGCGACGAAAACAAGGUUCAGCUUUCGAUGUACCCAAAGGAAAGUUUUAAAUUGAAUCAAAAAGACACAAGAGAUCUGGAAUUUGCAAAUAACAUAGGCAUAUUUGAUAAUCCUAAAUCGCUCAAAAAUCUUACUUUGCCAGAGUUUUUCGACAGUUUGCAGAGCUCAAGAGAUAAUGUUCAAUCGAUGAAUCGAAAUCACGAACAACAGCAAGAAAACCUGACACUAGCCACUUCCGUUUCUACUGCUAGUGUGGCAUCACAACACAGUACCGGGUUCCAGCCAACUCAUAUGCGAUAUAGCCACAAGUACAAUGAGUUAUCUGAAUUACUUCAAGUUAAAUUGGGCCUAUAG